AGUUACCUCCCUUGGAUACUGUUCCUGAAACUGCGGGAAUUUCAACAUAAUAUUUACGUCAACACAAACGCAGUAAUUGGAAACUAUGUCAAGGAAGAAAGGUCUAAGUGUGGAUGAGAAGAGGUCACGGAUGAUGGACUUCUUUUAUGAAAAGAAAGACUUCUUCCAGCUGAAGGAGAUGGAGAGGAUGUGUCAGAAAGAGAAAGGCAUCACGUCCAUGUCAGUCAAGGACAUCUUGACCAGCCUGGUGGACGACGGAAUGGUGGACACAGACAAGAUCGGGACCUCUGUCUACUUCUGGGCCUUCCCUAGUAAAGCCAGUCAAAAUCGAAAGAGAAAAAUCAGUGACCUGACAGGUCGCUUGGAUGAACUUGAGGGCAAGCAGAGGUCACUUGAAGGUCAAGUUGUCAAGGCCAAGGUUGGCAAGGAGGAAACUAGCGAGAGAGAGGAAGCGCUGUCAAGGCUGACCGACGUCCGAGGGAAGCGUCAGGCUGUCAUGACAGAGCUUGAACAGUACAAGGAGUGUGACCCAGAAGUUCUCAAGCAGGUCAAGGUCGACACAGUGGUUGCAAAGGAUGCUGCAAAUCGAUGGACAGACAACAUCUUCUCCACAAAAUCCUGGAUCAAACGCAAGUUUUCUUUUGAAGACUCAAUGAUUGACAAACAGUUUGGGUUGCCGGAUGAUUUCGACUACGUUGAGUGAUCAGAGGAUAACACCUGAUCGGUUGUUCCAUGUUAAAAGUGACAUACAAAACCUUCACAAGGGCGAUUGUUGACUGGAGAGCUCAACAGCAGCUGAAAGGUUCCUAACUCCAGAAAAUGUGACUUUCUUUAAAAGCCUUACUGGAAUUUAUCAUUGUUUUUAUGUUAAUUUAAAAGGCAAUGAAAUUAUUUUUCUGUUUUGCCAAUUUGUAAGUAAGAUGUGUACAUUCAGUUCUGGAGUGUGACUCCUAGCUGACAAGUCAAAGACUUAAGGUAACAUCACAAAUCAGGUAAAGGAUGUUGGUCAUGGCAAGAAGUGUGAUGGGUGGCAGUGUUCGGCAGCUUGACUCAUGCAAGUUUCAUGGGUUUUGGUUCUGCACCACACUGAAGCAUUUGUGGGGUCUCCUUGGGCAAGUGACUUUUGUGUUGGAAGUUUCCUCUGUUCACCCAGUAGUUAAUGGGUACCUGGUAGAAGGAGAAUGUAGCGUGCAGUAACCUUUCUAACAGGCACUUGGCUGUGUACUCCCCAGGAAGCUGAGAAUGAAAUUGGGUGCACACUGAUUCACUGACUGGGUGUAGAGCAUGGAGCACGUUCAUUAUUAUAACUAGAUUCAAGAUUUUUCACGAGUUUCUGGACAAGCAUGUAACCAUCCUCUUGUUUUCAUUAUAUAAAUAACCCAAAAUAUUUCAUCA